UACCUCGCCGCCGGCGCCGCUGUCACCGUUGUCACCGCUGCUGUCACCUCUGCUUCUCUCUCUAGUUAGGAAGAUGACUGUGGGGAGGACUGCGGGAGGCCCCGAGUGCGCCGAGUGGAGCCGUGAGAUAUUUCCCCCCAAAUCCUCCUCCUCAGACACUGAGCCAGAAGAUGAGCUGUUUGGAGAUGGGCUGGUUUUGCCCAGAGCUGGCAAACUCCAUGAGUUCCUCAGCCCAGAGGAGGACACAGAUUGUACUUCCGACUCCUCGGGGAGCUUUUACAGAACCCCACAGGUCCCGAAGCAGAGAGGCGGGUGGGAUCUAUCUGAGUCUCUCUUUCAGUCUGAUCCAGAUAGUGAUCUGAAUGGCUCUGAGGAUGAGGACGACUUGGAGAGCUUCUUCCAAGACAAGAGCAGGGGGAAACAAGAGCAGGACCCUCCAUCUCUUAGGCAUGGCUCCAUGAGGCGCUGCAGCUCCAUGACUAGCUUUCCUUCUGACAUUCCCAAGGCUCAGAUCCUGCCAACCUCAGAGUCUGGGCCUCCCUCCCAACACAGAAGUGUUUGCUCUUGGGCAUCUUCCAUCACUGUCCCUCAGCCAUUCCGCAUGACACUGCGUGAGGCCCGGAAGAAGGCCCAGUGGCUGGCCUCACCUGCCUCUUUUGAGCAGGAAAGGCUACAGGCCCAGAAGCAGGGCCAGGAAGAGGCGGAGUGCCAUCGUCAGUUCCGGGCCCAGCCUGUGCCCGCACACGUCUACCUGCCCCUCUAUCAGGAGAUGAUGGAGCGUAGAGAGGCAAGGAGGCAUGCUGGGAUUCAGAAGAGAAAGGAGCAACUUCUCUCCUCCCUGAAGCCCUUCAGCUUCCUUGAGAAGAAAGGGCAGCAGAAGAAAGAUACUCCACAGAGGGACUCGGCUGCGGUGGCUCAGACCAAGGUCCCCCCAAAGAAGGCCACUUCUAGAAAGAUCCCCAAGUCCAUUCUAGAACCAGCCCUUGGCGACAAACUCCAGGAAGCAGAGCUCCUCAGGAAAAUCCGAAUCCAGAUGAGGGCCAUGGACACGCUCCGGAUGGCUUCCUCCCCUGUCAGCACCACCGGAAACAGGGCUCCCCGAACGGCUACACGCACCCAGGAGGAGAAGCUGAGCUUUCUACAGACUGAGUUUGGAUUCCAGCCUAAGGUGAACCCUGUGGUCCCCGACUAUGAGGGCCUUUACAAGGCUUUCCAGAAAAGAGCUGCCGAGAGAAGGGAGACACGGGAGACAACUCGAAAUAAGCCCUUCUUGCUAAGGACUACCAACCUGUGUCACACUCCACGAUCCUGUGAUGCUGAUACUGCUGGUGGAGGGAAGAAGUCCCCUCAGCCAACAGCGACUCCCUUGCCAAGGAGUCAUUCUCUGAGUGGUCUCGCUUCUUUUUCUGCCAACACUCUCCCUGUGCACAUCACAGAUGCUACCAGGAAGCGGGAAUCUGCGGUCCGAAUGUCACUUGAAAAGAAGGACAUGAGCAUUCAGUGGUUGGAGAUGCACAAAAAGAAUUGUCAAGCCAUGUCUAAAUCAGUGACCUUGAGGGCCAAGGCCAUGGAUCCCCACAAAAGCCUGGAAGAAGUGUUCAAAGCAAAGCUUAAAGAGAAUCGGAGCAAUGACCGUAGAAGAGCAAAGGAAUAUAAGAAAGAACUGGAGGAAAUGAAGAAAAGAAUACAAUCAAGGCCCUAUCUCUUUGAACAAGUUACUAAGGCGCUGGCCAGGAAAGAAGCAGAAGAGCGCUAUCGGGAUGCCCUGAAGCAGGCCGGCCUGGAGGAGGAGUUUGUGAGAACCAAGAGUCAAGGCACAGAGGCAGUGUGAUGGAGAGAAAGCCAACGUCAAGGAUUCUCACUGGUAAGAGGUAUUGGUGUCAUCCCCAAGGACGCCACCAGGAGGGAAUGUAGAGACGUGUUACUUAUGUGAGAUAGCAGCCCUGCACUUACACAACACCAUCCACACGCCCCUGAGCAACAUUGUCUAUGUGAGGUGAUGAGUCUGCCAUUCCUGGUCCUUACAGCUAACGCCCCAGCAUUACCUCUUUCAUAACUGACAUAUCAUAAGGCAAGGAGAGAAAAGCAGAGUGCUGCUGUUAUUUCCAGUUUUAUUAAGUCGAAGUAAUUCUUGUUUUCUCUUUAAAAUUCCAUUCUACCAAAUAAAAUAAUGAAAAUGUUAGGACCAUUCUUAAACCUCACCGAUCCUUUCUAUUUAAAAUAUUGUUUUUUCAGCAUCCGUGAAGCUACAAAACUCAGCAUCCGAGGUUGACGGCUCGAUUUAGAAGACUCUACAACUGCCUGCUGGCCCCAGGCUGGAACAGUAAUGGCUUGAACAGCUAACCAAUCUGCUUGUUGAAAUAGGUCACUCACCAUAUCACAUCAGAGCAUCAAGCAACCAAUUGGGGAGGAGCUUGAAUUUAGAGUCAUCUGUUAGGGUUUGGGAGAACAGACAGAACUUCAGAGAUCAAAGUGGAGCCGGAGGUGGAUGUGCCUUAGCCCAGUGUUAAAGGCUCUUGCUUUGCACUUUACACUUAGAAGUAGGUAUAGAAAAUAAAAGUAGAGCCCACAUCUAUCGAGUAGGUAUAAGAGGAACAGAGGUAAGAAAACAGGUAACAAUAAGGAAACAGAAAUCUAGGACAGCCAGACUAAAUACAUUUUCAUCAGUUUCAGUAACCUGGAAUCUUAGCAGCUAAACAUAGGAAUACUGUGUGUGAAAUACAACAUGAUUCUCAGCCCACAUCUGCAACCUUAAGUACAGGCCUUAUCAUUAGCACCUGACACACUAGGACAAGUCAGUUCUUAUUGUUUGUAGGAUUAAUUUGAAAGUUUUUUGUUUUUUAAAGAUUUAUUUAUUUAUUUUCUAUGAACACACUGUAGCUGUCUUCAGACAAAUCUAGAAGAGGGCAUCAUACCCCAUAACAGAACUACCAUGUGGUUGCUGGGAUUUGAACUCAGGACCUCUGGAAGAGCAGUCAGUGCUCUUAACCACUGAGCCAUCUCUCCAGCCCCCUAUAGGAUGUUUUCUUCCUCACCCCCUUGUAACACCCCUCUUCAGGUUGUUGAGAAUGAAAAAUGUUUCCAGAUAUUGCCAAAUGGCCUUUAGAGAGCAAAAAUGUCCCAGACGGAGAAUGGCCCCCGUAGAAAGCACAGACUGGUAAUUUUAGAAAAACAAUUGCUAGGAUGAUUAUGCGAGUCGACAGCAAACGCAGAGCGGCAGUUCUUUUCUACCAUCCUCUGAAAACACUAUCUGCAUACGUAUGUCAGCAGAGUUCACUUUCAAUAAAACUUCUUUGACUGAUGUUUUACUCAUAGG